AGUCAGACACACAAACAGACAAAGAUGGAGGUGAAGCUGCUCUUUCUGACUGUUGUUCUUCUCUCCUCGCCGCUCCUCACACUAUGCGACCCACUGUUUGUUCUGUCGGCUCCUAAUCUGCUGAGGGUGGGUUCCUCAGAGAACCUCUUUGUGGAGGCUCAGGAUUACUCUGGACGAGACCUCGAUGUAAAGAUCAUAGUUAAGAAUCAUCCGAAGAAGAACCUGGAUAUACUGUCUAAAUCAGUGACAUUGACUGCAGCCAACAAUUCCCAGAUCCUUACAGAUAUAAAGAUUCCAAGUGAUAGGCAAUAUUUCUCUGACGAUCCGCUGGAGAAGCAGUAUGUGUAUCUACAAGCUCAGUUUCCAUCCGUCACUCUGGAGAAAGUGGUCCUGCUCUCAUUCCAGUCUGGAUAUAUAUUUGUCCAAACAGACAAGCCCAUCUACACACCUGCUAGCACAGUUCAGUACAGGAUCUUCUCACUGACCUCUGGAAUGAAACCAUUUGAACAUGCUGGAAUAUCAGUAGAAAUCAUGGAUCCUCAAGGUAUCACAACUAUGAGAGAAACCAUAUUUCCACAGCAAGGGAUUAGAUCAGGAAAAUAUACCGUACCUCAGCCUGCCAGUCCUGGGAUCUGGAAGGUGGUCACAAGAUUCACAAACACACCACAAAAGAAUUACACUGCUGAUUUUGAAGUCAAAGAAUAUGUGCUUCCCACUUAUGAGGUCACAUUAUCACUCAGUCAAUCGUUCUUCUGUGUAAAAGAUGCUAGUCUGACAGUUAGCAUUGAAGCAAGAUACCUUCAUAGAAACAAUGUGAACGGACAUGCGUUUGUGGUGUUCGGUGUGAUGGAAGAUGAGAGGAAAACAAGUAUUCCUUCUUCUCUUCAAAGAGUUCAGAUAUCAGACGGAGAAGGUAAUGCCAAGCUAACAAAGGACAUGAUACUUCAGACCUUCCCAGACAUCAACCAACUGGUUGGACGAUCAAUUUACAUUUCAGUCAGUGUUUUAUCAGAUACUGGCAGUGAAAUGGUGGAAGCUCAAAGGAGAGGCAUUCAGAUAGUGAUGUCACCGUACACAAUCCACUUUAAAAAAACACCACAAUUCUUCAAACCUGGAAUGCCCUUUGAUGUCUCGGUCUAUAUAACAGACCCUGACCAGAUGCCUGCUGAAAACAUUGAAGUGGAGGUAAAUCCAGGAGUGGUCAGAGGUCGAACGAGAGCCAAUGGCAUUGCGAAGCUUACCGUCAAUUCUUACGAAGGAUCUUCCACACUGGAGAUCACUGUACAAACCAAACAACCAAAAUUAGAUGACGACCAGCAGGCAGUGAGGAAGAUGACGGCUCAGGCCUAUCAAACCAAAGGCGGCUCCAACAACUACCUGCACAUCGGCAUUGAUGCUGCAGAGCUUCAGAUCGGUGAUCAAAUGAAAGUCAAUCUGAAUCUGGGAAGAAGUCCAGGAGUCAGAGAUCAAGAUUUCACCUACAUGAUCUUGAGUAAAGGUCACAUUGUUCAAGCAGACAGGUUUAAGCGAAGAGGACAAUCACUAGUGACUCUAUCUCUACCUGUAACCAAAGACAUGGUGCCGUCCUUCCGCUUUGUGGCUUAUUACCAUGUGGGCUCGUCUGAGGUGGUGUCUGAUUCAGUCUGGGUUGAUGUGAAGGACACGUGCAUGGGAACGCUGAAGGUUCAGGUGAAGGAGCCUCGACCGAUCUAUGAGCCAGGAGAAAGUUUCAGCUUGCAGAUAACUGGAGAUCCUGGAGCUAAAGUUGGUCUGAUGGCGGUGGAUAAAGCUGUGCACGGACUGAACCAGAACAGACUCACUCAGACAAAGAUCUGGGACGUCAUAGAGAAGCAUGACAUUGGCUGUACGGCAGGAGGAGGAAGGCACAGCAUUGGGGUUUUCACUGAUGCAGGUCUGAUGUUUGAGUCCAACACUGCAGGAGGAACCAACACCAGAACAGUGCCUGAGUGUCUCGUACCUUUAAAGAGAAGAAGAAGAGAGAGUCUUCAGCGAGUCACAACUAUACUGGCUGGUCAGUACUCUGGUGAUCUGAGGAAGUGCUGUGUGGACGGCAUGAGGGAUAAUAAACUUGGCUACACGUGUGAUCGUCGAGCCAUGUACAUCGUAGAUGGACACAACUGUGUCCAGGCCUUCCUGCACUGCUGCCAUGACGUGGAGGCUCAUAGUAUGGAGGCUGGAGAGGAGGAGAUGAUUCUGGCUCGCAGUGAGGAUAGCGACUAUUAUGAGAGUUUUGAUGAAAUCACAUCACGUACACAGUUCCCUGAGAGCUGGCUUUGGGCAGAGGAGAUUCUGCCGGUCUGCCCAGAAAAAAACAAGUUAUGUGGAACAACGUCGAUCACAAGAGACAGAAUCUACCUUAAAGAAUCAAUCACUACCUGGCAAAUCUUUGCUAUCAGUCUGUCGAAAACACACGGCAUCUGUGUGGCAGAUCCAUACGAGAUGAUCGUUUAUAAGAGAUUCUUCAUUGACCUGAAGGUGCCGUACUCAGCUAUUCGCAAUGAACAACUACAAAUAAGGGCCAUCCUGCACAACUACACCAAAAAGAAAAUUAGGGCACGGCUUGAGUUCAUGGAAACCGAACAUAUUUGUAGCUCUGCCAGUAAAAAGGGCAUGUACCAGACUGAAGUGGAGGUCGAGUCCAUGUCCUCCAGGUCCAUCCCGCAUGUGAUUAUUCCCCUGGAGUUGGGCAAUCACUGGAUUGAGGUGAAGGCAGCAGCGUAUGACUCUGUCUACAGUGAUGGAGUGAGGAAGAUCCUGAAGGUGGUGUCUGAGGGUGUGCUCACUAAGGUACAGGAGGCAAAUGUUGAGCUCAAUCCUGCUAAAAUGGGUGGAGUACAACAAGUGUCUGUCAGGAGUAACAAACCAGAUGCUCAGGUUCCUAACACACCCGCAAACACGUACAUCACAGUGACCAGUCAGGAGUUCAGUAGGUUGAUCGAGCAGGCCAUCAGUGGAGACUUAAUGGGGCGGUUUAUUGUUCAGCCUCGUGGUAAUGGAGAGGAGAACAUGAUCCAUAUGACUCUACCUCUCAUAGCCACUCAUUAUCUGGACAGCACCAAUCAGUGGGACACUGUUGGUAUGGAGUGCCGUAAUGAAGCCGUCAACCAUAUCAACACAGGUUAUCAGCGACAGCUAACUUUCCGUAAACCAGAUGGGUCCUUUGCUGCCUUGAUGAACAUGCCUAGCAGCACAUGGCUGACAGCAUAUGUGGCUAAAGUGUUCGUGAUGGCCAGUGAUCUGAUUGCCACAGAGGAGCAUGUGAUCUGCAGCGCCCUCAUGUGGCUGGCCACAAAACAACAGCUGUCAGACGGCACAUUUAAAGAAGAGGCGCCUGUUAUACAUCAGGAGAUGCUUGGUAAUGUACGCGAGAAAGAUGAUGAUGCCUCUCUAACUGCAUUUGUCCUGACUGCAAUGCAAGAGGGGAGCAAGAUCUGUGCUAGAUCUAAUCUUCAGAGCAGUAUGAACAGAGCCAUUGAUUACCUGCUGCUGAGAGUUCACAGCCUGACCAGCACUUAUGCUGUCGCUAUGACUUCUUAUGCUUUAGCCCAUGCUGGAAAACUCAAUAAAGACAUCUUGAAGACAGUGUCACAUCCAGGCGCCAUUGAAAGUUACCUGCUCACGAUUGAAACCUAUUUCAAGAGCUCAGAGAGAGAUGCUUCCAUGACGGUUGUGGAUGUCGGUCUGCUGACAGGGUUUAAAGUGGAUGAAAAUGAUCUUUCAAAGUUAUCUAAAGGGAAAGAAAAGUACAUCGAGAGAUUUGAGAUGAACAUGGAGCUUUCUGAGCACGGAUCGCUAAUCAUUUUCUUGAAUAAGGUUUCUAAUAAAGAGAGGGAAAGGGUUGUCUUCAGAAUGCACAAGAUCAAUGAAGUGGGAAUGCUGCAGCCCGCCGGAGUCACUGUGUACGAGUACAACGCUCCGGAUGACCGUUGUGUGAAGUUCUACCAUCCUCAUAAGAAAGACGGAGCGCUGAACAGACUCUGCCAUGAGGACCUGUGCCAGUGUGCUGAAGAGAACUGCAGUCUCCAAAAGAAGCAUCACAUUAAGGAGUCUCAGCGUGCCUAUAAGGCCUGUGCGCCUGGAGUGGAGUACGUUUAUAAGACCCGAGUGGUGGGAAUGGAGCUUUCAUUGCAAGCAGACAUCUACAACAUGACCGUUGAACAAGUGCUGAAAGAAGGCACUGAAGCAGAUGUGGAAGGAAGGAUUAGGUCUUUCUUGGCUCAUCCUUAUUGUAGAGAGUUUCUGGACUUCCAAGAAGGCAAAACCUACCUGAUCAUGGGCCAAACCACGUCACUUCCCAGGAUUGGUGGAAGGCUGAGGUACAGCCUGGGUGAGGAGACCUGGAUUGAAUACUGGCCCACACGAGAGGAAGCCCAAACCCAAAAAUACAGAGACAAGCACGUCGGCAUCACAGCACUCUCUAACGAGCUCUUCAACUUUGGAUGCACAACUUAAUGAUCCUGCUGUAAUGACCCAUGGAAUCUGUAAUGCAAUCCAAAAACGUUGCUUGAUUUGUAUUCCCUUUUCUGGUAACACUUGUGUCAACCCUAAAGGCCCAUUCAUAGUUCACUGUCACAGUUUUACUCCAGUGAAAGUUUCAUCAAAUUGGG